UUUUUUGUACAUUACGGUCCCGGCUGCGAUGUGAAGUGAUUGAAUCUGAAGAAAACAACAAAGUGCUCGGCAUACACAGAGUGUUGAACGAGUGUUUGAUUGCAAGAGGAUGCCUGAGUGCUUUCCACAAGUUUGAUUUCUACGUCGAUGGGCAGCUGAUGACGCAGUACCAAGCUGAUGGCUUGAUCAUUGCCACUCCGAGUGGAUCGAGCGCUUAUAGUAUGGCUGCAGGAGGAAGUUUGGUGGCUCCUAAUGUACCUUGUAUUCUGGUGACACCGAUAGCGCCACAUGGGCUGUCACAGCGUCCUCUGAUUCUGCCAGCGGGGGCGACAAUAGAAGUUGGCAUACCCACUGACUCACGAACGCUGCCUAUAGCUAGUUUCGAUGGUGCUACUAACAUCGUACUUGAUAGGGGCAGUAGAGUGAGAAUUACCACAAGUAA